CUUUCAGUGUCUUAUUCGGGCCUCGAGCUCUAUCAAUCGUCAUUUACUGACUGUUUAGUUAUUUUCUGAACACAAAUUUCUUUUCAUAUUUUUUGAUAGAAGAAAUAUAAUUCAAUAAAUAAAGAAGAAAAUAAUAGCAAUAAGACUAGAGUGUGAGUGCGUGCGUGUGCGUGUGUGUGUGCUAAUGAUAGCAAGCAAACGAAAAAAGAAAUUGACAAAAAUUGUGAAUUUUGGUGCGUGGUGUGGUCGGCGGUGGCCUCAAAAUGAUACAAAAUAAAAAAUAAUGUGGAACACAUAAUCGUUGAGAACAGGCCAGCGAACAACAGCAAGAAGCAGAAAAAAAUAAAAUAUACUAAAAAGUGCUAUUGUUAUUGGAAUUUUGUUAUUUUUUUAGCUCAUAUUGAAUACAUUUAUUUAGUGGAAUAGAAAAACAGCACUUAAGAAUUACAAAAUACUUAACGACCAGGGAAAAUAUUGUGAAAUAAGAAAAUAAUAAAAAAUAAAACCAAAAAAGAUAACAUUCUCUAAAAAUUCUCUCGGUGUUGUAAACUGCGUGUUUCAAUUCCCAUGUCGUCCAAGUGAUAUUUACUCCUCAUACAUGUCGUGUCGUUUGAAAAGAAAUGCACAGAGAGUGAAAUCGUCAAUGAGUAGUAGCUGACUCAAAAUCUCAGGUGAAGAGAAGAAGAAGAAAAACAAUUCAUCACACCCCAAUAAAAUUCCAUUGACAAAUUCUCCACAAAACGAAGCACUUUAUAAUCCGCCAUUCAUCGGUGCCGAACGGAAAUUGAAAUAAAAAAGAUGACCUCCAAACACCAUCACAUAAAGGCCCAUCAGCCGCAACAUCAAUCAGCAACACAGCAGCAGACAUUUAACGAUGGUGACCCAUUCAAUUACGAAGAGCUCAAUGUCAUCGGAACAGGCGCCUAUGGCACCGUUUAUAGAGCGCGAGAUAAUCUCACUGGCCGCAUUGUGGCUAUCAAAAAAGUCCGAAUACCACUGACAGAUAAUGGAGUGCCAAUGUCAACGUUGCGUGAAAUUGCUCUGCUAAAACAAUUGAAUGCCUCGGAUCAUCCGAAUAUUGUCAAACUCUUCGAGGUAUGCCAGUUCCUGGAACGUGAAGGCCAGUUAAUGGUUCUGCUGGUAUUUGAACAUUUAGAACAAGAUCUCUCGGAUUUAAUAGAGCGUCUACCCAAAUCUGGAAUGCCACCCACCACAAUACAACGUCUUUCGCGUGAACUGCUAACCGGUGUUGAUUUCCUUCACUCACAUCGUAUCAUACAUCGUGAUUUGAAACCACAAAAUCUUUUAAUUUCCUCCCAGGGACAUUUGAAAAUUGCCGAUUUCGGUUUGGCCAAAACCUAUGAUUUUGAAAUGAAACUAACAUCGGUGGUCGUUACACUGUGGUAUCGUGCUCCCGAAGUCCUGUUGGCCCAAACAUAUAAUAGUUCCGUUGAUAUCUGGAGUUCGGCAUGUAUCAUUGCGGAAAUGUUCUCACGUAAAGCUCUGUUCCCCGGCACAUCAGAAGCAAAUCAACUGGAUCGGAUAUUUGAAUUAACUGGCCGGCCAACAGCUCAACAGUGGCCAAGAACCAUCUCCUUAUCACGAGAACAUUUUCCCGCGCGGCAUCCCAAACAACCAAGGGAUUUAUGUCCAAACCUGUGCGAAUAUGCAAAUGAUCUACUGGCACAAAUGCUGUCGUAUGAUUUACGUUUACGACCCUCAGCAUUGGCCUGUCUAGAUCAUGAAUACUUUCAACAAGAGCCGUUGUAAAAGUUAAAUAUUUAUUUAUUAUUUUUUUUUUGUUUGUUUAUGAUCCGUGUUAAAUAAGUUCAAAUAUUAUUUAAGAAAUAGUAGUUUUAGAAAUGUGUUACCUUAGAGUAAAAAAACAUAACAACAAAAACAAUGAUAAAACAAUAGCCGAGACACUAGCGUUCAACAAAUACAAUUCCUUAAUGCAUUUCAAAAGUUGUUAUAUAUAACAAAACAAAAGCAACAACAACAAAAAGUGUUCAUUAUUCUUUUAUAUAUUCUAUAUCAUAUAUUUUUGUACGUAUUUAUGCAUAUUUUUCGUUAAUUUAUAUAUAGCUAUUAGAAUUAAGAUAAAUCGUUUGUGUAGUCAAAAUAGUUUUUAUUGAUACCUGAGCCGGAUACCAAACAUUUUCUUGAAAGAAUUUUUUUUGGAGGGAAAUAAGAAUGAUGAAUUCUUUUCUUUCUCCA